AUGUCGACGCGCACGACCGACUUUGAGCUUCGUGCCGCAAAAUUCUCAGAUCUUGCUUCGAUAGCGACGGUAUGGGCAGCGGCAUUCUUUGAUGAUGAGAUCAUCGGCGAGCUCAUGCAUCCCCACCGCAAGGAAUACCCGGACGACGUAUACUGGUUCUUGCUGCGAGGUAUUCGACAACGGUUUUGGGACUGGCGACAUCGUUUCAUAGUUGUGAUAGACGAUGGAAAGGUCGUUGGUGCUGCAGAUUGGAGAAGGCUAGGAAGAGGGGGAGAGAAGUUGGAGUUGGGGCGAACAGAUCCACGUAACCUCAUCGCGCCACUUGUGAAGGCAUACCACUCCACGUCUUUAGUGCUCUUCCCCAAUCGCGCGGCUGAUCCCACGCGCACUUCCUUCCUCGACACAGCUGUCGCGAACUCUGGAAAGUACUGGACUGGCCAUCGCACCGAAUGCUGGGACUUGCACGUCUGUGGCGUACACACAGACUACCAAGGUAAAGGUGUUGGAAAGCUGUUAGCCACGUGGGGUGUACGCGAAGCGCACAAGGAGGGCGACGAGGUUGUCGCUAGUGUAUUGUGCGGAGAGAAGAAUAGAGGAUUCUAUGCGAAGGCUGGUAUGGGUGUUCAGGUUUCGGAAUUCAAGGGCGAUGGAGGUGGCAUCGCGUUGUUCACGAGAUAG